AUGGUUCAUAUCUUACCGACAAUCGCGUGUGACACGGACACGGGAGUGGCAUGUGUCGAUGAGACGUGUACGCAGGGCGUUUCCGAGGGUAGUAGGGCUGAAAGAGGUGGGCGGGCUGAUAGAGGUGGUCGGGCUGGCAGAGGUGAUCUGGCUGGCAGAGGUGGUCGGGCUGGCAGAGGUGGUCGGGCUGGCAGAGGUCUAGUAGAUGAGCCUGACGAUAUAGCCCGUCAGGCUCCGUCGGCUACAGAUAUCCCGUCGACUUCUUCUUCCAGGCCGUCGACUUCACAGAGACCUGGAUAUACGCCAGAGAUGGUCCCACAUUAUGAUCCUUGGUCAUCAUUUCCACAGGUGCCAGUUGGUGAUCUACAUAUGGGAGGCGGAGAUGAGGACUUGGAUAUUAUUUUCGAUGACUACUUUCUUCGUUCUACAGCCGAGCCUACGGCACUAUCUGCAUCUCCGGCUCCGCGGCCGCCAGAGCCCUCUCACAUGCCAUCUCGCAGCCCAUCGACACACAAGUUUGUUCAUUCUUCUGCGCCUGUGGACCCGUCUCCGCCCGUUCAGAUUGACCCGUCUCCACCUCUAGCUACAGCUCCGGGUAGCGCUCAGGAGACCGUUGAGGAGCCAGCUAAGGAGCCCUCUGAUCAGCCAUCUCAGGAGGUCGUCGAUACACAGCUCAUUCUUCUCGCUCCCGUGGUCCAGCCUCUCCCGAUUGAGUCAUCUCCUCGAGGCUACUCAAAGGAGACCGCCGCCUCUCGCAGGAAGCAUAUUUUCACCUGGCUACAAAGAGAAGAAAGGAUGAUCAUGCCAUAA